UAGGUUUAGCAGGUUGACUCUCAUUUAAAGAGCCCGUCGUGGAAUUUUUCCAUCGCUCCCAUCCGCGGAAUUUAAUCGAAAACAGAAUGCGAGCGUGAUGCGCCAGUACAAUGUUGGAGAACGGUCUUGGGUAAAAAGCAGAAAAUGCUUCCGGUUACCUUAUGUACUUGCCGCAACUUUGUUGGCAGCUGUUAGUUUUGUUCUACUGCAAUUGUAUGUUUUUAAUAAUGCAAAUCCCCUACAACGCGCAAAACUGUUGCGUUAUAUUUUCCACAAUGGCCAAGUUUCAGAAAAGGCGAACAUCCUUGAAAUGCGCCAGAAUGUAUCAAUAUUAUACUCGUAUCAUGUACCCGACCGUACCUAUCCUAUCCAGCCCAAUGUGUGCCCACAAGAUGGCAAACAUCCCUACCUAGUGUUGUUUAUCCCAUCGCGACCAGGUAACAGCCGGGACCGGGCAGCCGUACGGGAAACGUGGGGUCUGCAUGCCCGUUUAUGCAAUAUUCGUAUCGUCUUUGGCUUCGGACUCAUCCGGUCCCCGGAGACACAGCACGAUGCAUAUGUGGAGAACAGCGUGUACGGCGAUCUGAUGCAGACCGGGAAUGUCCUGGAUGCUUAUCGCAACCAGACGCAGCUCGUGCUGGCCUUCUUCCAGUGGGGUGUCACCAACUGUCACAACAGCCGAUUUAUCGGUAAAGCAGACGAAGACGCGUGGAUUAAUAUCCACGAGUUGGUCAAGUAUCUGCAGAUGCCACUGGCUCCGUAUUCGAUAACGGGCCACUUUAUUGACGAUGCACCGGUAUACCGUGACCCCGACCACAAAUGGUAUCUUUCGGAAGAAGAAUACCCUAACGCCACCUACCCGAAAUUCCCUCUCGGCCAACUGUACGUCUUUCCCACUGCUUUGAUACCGGAAGUGCUGGCCGCAGCACAGAGUGUCCGCUGUGUGUGGUUGGACGAUGUGUGCUUUGGUGGACAAAUUCCAGAGUUGUUACAGUUGUUAUACCUGGAUAUUCCGGCCCGGGGAAAUUGGUCGGUAGUGAGCAGCGUGAACUGCUCGGAUCCCCGCAUGUCGGAUACGUAUGCGUCUCGCUUUAACUGCAAUUGUCCGGGGCGGGACUAUGUGAUCAUAGAUCAGACACCGGCGGAAGUGAAACGCAAAAUUUUUUAUGAUCCAUGCAUGAGCAUGUAUCGGCAGUACAGUUGUCCGAAUUUAAUGGCAUUUCCCGAAAUAACGAAUUUAUGAUACUGCAAAAUAACCGAAAGGAGCUUUGAAUAGAUCUCGUUAGAGUUACAGUACUUGUGCAAAGUUCAUCCGCAAUCCUAC